AAGCGAGCGUGCCAGAACAUCAUCGGACUGGUCGAAACUAGAACGCGCACCAUCAGCUAGUAUUCACUAUGCUGAUGAAAGCAAACAACCAUCCCCCACAGCCGCACACCAGCAUGUGACUGGGAGAGAUGGAAACAUCUACCCAGUGUAGAUGAACAAACAAGAAAACCACUAAGAGCACUAACACAAAGCUCCCUUCUUCUCCCACAGGAAAGUGACAAAUAAAAAAUGAAGCACUAUCUCACCGUGAAAGCCAAGCAGGAGGGCGAAAUUGACCCCUGGGCAAUCGGUGAAACAAUCGAAACCUUCGAGCUAAAAAUAACCAAAAUUGAACAACAAAAGAAUGGGGAGUAUCUGAUUUCAACUGAGGACGAGGACACGGCAGAGAGGCUCCGGACACUGAUACGGAUCGACGAUGGCACGGAGGUCGAAGUCAUCCGGCAUCCAUCCCUAAAUGGAUGCAAAGGAGUAAUCAAGUGCCAGCAAUAAGCACCAAGACCGAACAAGAGAUCCUGGACCACCUGAAGGCCCAAAAGGUCACGAGGGUGCAGGCGCGAGGGGAAAACGGGAUCUUUAUCCUCUCCUUUGACCUUCCGCAACCGCCGAAGGAGAUAAAGGUCGGCGUCCUCACAACCAAGGUCUGCACAUUCUACCCGCGCCCGAUGAUCUGCCGGAAGUGCUACAUGUUUGGGCACACAGCGAGUUCAUGCAGGAACAAUCCGGCGUGCGAAACAUGCGGCCAGUACCACGAGGGACGAUGCCCCCACUCAAGUGCCGAAACUGUGGGGGAGGGGGGGGGGGCACACCUUCCUACCGAUCAAAAAUGUAAGGUCUAUAAGCAAGAGAUGAGUAUUAACCGGAUGAUGGUGGAUAAGGGCAUACCCGCCAUCAAGGCCCGGGCAAUGCUCAGGAAGGAUACCAAGAAAGGGUAUAUAGUACCGCCCAAAGCUGCUCCGGAGGCGCGACGAGUCACUUCACAAGUCAAGAAACCCGAACCGCCCAGGGAAGGUAGCAGCAAGCCCACUGGAUCGAAAAGAAAGAGCGCUCCGACCCCGCUCGUAACAGUGAACAUUAACUCCAGCAGCAGCAGCGAGGACGAUGAGGAGAACAUCGUCCCCCCGAAUAAGGCCCCGCCCGCUGGUCGAUCAAUCAAGUAAAUACACUACAAACACAUAAUACACAUUCCAUACAAGUGCCCUAAUAAAGCAAUUAUUGAACUCAACAUAAAAAACUACAACACAUCCGAACUGGUAUCCCAGCCAGACACGUGGAUAGGAGGAGGUCCGAUGGGCGGGCCCCCGACGCACCACCGUGGAUGAUAGAAUGCAUACACACCAAAAAUCGAUUUGGAAUUGUACAUAUGAAAGUCCAUUUCAAACGUAUUUUCAUUAAAACCAAGUUCAAAUUAAA